AUGCCCUCUGAGCCAGUAUCUACCUCGCAAGGCUUCUUGCCAUUGGGCGACGAGUCACAUCACGACUCCAACCAGGACGCCUCUGCCGCACCGAAGCGUCUCGUCAUCUGCUGUGACGGUACGUGGCAGUCGUCCGUGUCCGGACUCAAGAACAUCCCCUCCAAUGUCACCAGGAUCGCCCGUUCUGUCGCCCGCAGCGGCAAGGACGAGGACGGAAAGGUCUGGCAGCAAGUAGUCUACUACGACGCUGGCAUUGGCACUGGAGACCUGGCCCAGGAUGAGCAGAACCGACAGGGCGGCUUCGGUGUUGGCUUCGUCGGCAACGUCAUUGAGGCUUACAACUUCCUCGUCCUCAACUACAACGUCGGCGACGAGGUCUUUUGCUUUGGAUUCUCGCGUGGCGCUUACACGGCUCGCGCUGUAGCGGGACUCGUCACCGACAUUGGCAUCGUCUGUCCCAAGGAUCUCCAAGAUUUCCCGGAUCUGUAUGCCCUCUACCAGAAGAACCCCGAUGGCCACCACUUCCGAAAGAGCCAGGCUUACAGGGACUGGGUCAAUGGCAUUCCCGAGAAGCAGCAGGCCAACGGGAGCGCCCAGGGACUGACCAAGUGGCAGCGGCCUCCUCACCACGACGCCCCUGAGGCAUCUCGUGUUGUCAAGGUUGUUGGUGUCUUUGACACGGUUGGCAGCCUGGGUAUUCCAGACUUGCCCUGGACUAGGUUCAACCUCAAGUUCCUCGAGAAGACGAUGGGCAUCCAGGACCCUGGCUUCCACAACAUCUCUCUCAGCCCCUACAUCCAGCAUGCUUUCCAUGCACUAGCUCUUGACGAGCACAGAGGGCCAUUCUCACCUUCGCUCUGGCACUACCCAUCCGAUGAUCAGCGUCCAGCCGAGCCAGCCAAGGAUCUCAAGCAGCUCUGGGCUGAGUGGCAGGCAGCUCAUAAGAACCCAAGUGCCAGCCCAAAGCAGCUGCAGGACACUUGGUCAGCCGUUGUCGACGGUGAGAUGUACAAGCAGCUCCAGGAUAACAAGUCGGAGCUGCUGCAGGUCUGGUUCCCUGGUGUUCACAUCAACAUUGGAGGAGGCAACGAUGAUCUCCUGACGGAUAAGAAGGGAGACUUUGAACAAAUUGCGCUCAUCUCCUUUGCUUGGAUGUGUGAGCAAGUUGCCCCCUAUCUUCAGUUCAUCGAAGAUGGCAGUCUCGCUGGCCUGGGUCAGUCAGCGGUUGAGGAUCGAUACAACCUCUUGAAACCUCUCCUGGACAACAUCGAGAAGGGCGAAGAGAAGGAUUACGGCAAGGGCAUCAUCACAAGCCGCCUCGCCGCCGGACUGGACAGGUCGGGCAUCAGAAAGGCAGACGUCCGGUCGAUCCCCGAGGAGACCAUCACAGGCUGGGCGACUGGCCCCAUCGUCGAUAGCUUCACAGGCGCCAUGAUCGCAGGCGGCUCCAUCGACCGGACGCCAGGCCAGUACCGCAAGGACGACAAGGGCCGGGACUUGGGCGAGACGUACGAGAUGAUCCACCCGUCUGUGCGGUACCGCAUGAACAAGAUCUCGAGCUACAAGCCCAAGGCUCUACGAGGGUUCGAGCGGGCGGCCGACGGCAAGACGUACGUGUGGAAGAAGGGAGGCGUCACGAUCCCCGAGUUUGUCAUCAAGCCAGAGGACGCAUUCUCGAGGCACGUGGCUCAGCAGGAUCGGGGAGACAAUGGUAACGCGAAGGAGUUUAUCGCCGAGAUUGACAAGUUUGUUGGCGCGGCUGCCAAGGCUGCUUAA